AUGAAGAAUUACAGCGACAUUAAUUUCCACGGACAACGACACGUAUUGACGGUUGGAAUUGAUUUACCGAUGUACGAGAACAGAAAGGAAAAAACAAUUAUAUAUUUUUUACCAUUAUUACAAGAACAUAUUAUACUUUUGCAAGGAUAUGAAAAAAAUGAAUUAAAUGUUAAGGUGAGUACAACGAGAGGUGUUCCUAGCACAAGCGUAAACUUGAAGGAGGCUUUGUGCGAAAAGAUUCCCAUACACUAUGAUAUAUUGAGAAAUAUCCGACAAGAACAUGGAUCGUCGGUGAUCAGUCAGAUUACCGUGGAAAAUAUUUAUCAAGGAUUAAACGGAGUGAACACUAUGGUUAGAGAAACUUCUGAGAUUGAUCCAAAAUAUGGGAUUAAAUAUAGGGGACUAACGAUACCGGAAGUUGUUACACUGCUACCUCGAGAAGGAAAGUCACCAAGUGCGGAAUCUGUAUUUUGGUUGCUUUUAACCGGGGAUGUUCCAACGCAAGAACAAACAGCAUCGCUAAUCGCUGAUUGGUCUGCACGACGUCAAAAGAAGAAAGAUUGGUGGUCAGGACCAGGUGGUGGAAUCGUUGGUUCCGUUCUUCAAACGUUACCAAAAACAACGUCUCCUCUUGGAAAGCUGUCAGUGGCUCUUACCGUUUUUGAUUCUCGCAAUCACAUGAAUGAAGCUUUAAAAAAUGGCGCCUUGAGUUAUACUCAUUGGGAAUACAUGUAUGAAGAUAGUAUGGAGUUACUAGCAACGCUACCGGCAAUAGUCGGUCUAAUCGCUAAAGGCGAAUUGAAGAACUUGGAAGAAGAGAACGGCGAUUGGAUACAAUUUUUAUCAGAAUGUUUAUGUAACGCAUUUGACAUUUCGAAAAACCAUAAGAAAUCGUUGAUGGACUUCCUUCGAUUAUACAUUGUUCUGAACGCAGAUGAAAAUGGCGGAAUACCUGGCGUUCAUGUUACAGAAAUACUCGGUGCUUCUCAAUCAUACGUCAACCAGGCUCUUGCAGCAGGAGCCUUAGCAUAUACCGAGGAACCUAAAAGCGGCACAAUUUCAGAAUAUAUGGAAUUCCAAACAAAAAUACAGCGCCUUCUUGGCCAAGAAUCGAAGGAAGAAAAGUUAAGGAACUAUAUAACCAGUAUAAUUCAAAGGGAUAAAUUAACUGGUUACAAAGAAGCAGAGAUUUGCGAUCCGAAAUACACCGUAUUGGAAAAUUAUGCAAGAGAACAUUUACCAAAUGAUUCUGGUAUAAAGUUGUCACAAACCAUCACUAAAAUUCUUUCUACAAUGAUGAAAUCUGCAAAAGGAAAAAAUAUUUAUCCCGAACAAAAUGCAAUUGCUGCACCUAUUUUUCAAUUCUAUGGGCUGAAAGACAUGGAAUUCAAUCAAAUAUUACUGUGCAUGUCGCGAGCUUUGGGUGCAGUUGCAUCGAUCAUUUGGACAAGAGCUGUUAAUGCUUCGGUUGAACAACCAACAUCCAAAUGCACUUAUUCUUAUUUAAAUUCUAUCCAAGGGGCAAGAGGAAAACGUAAACGAGGGAAGCAUACAAAAAAUAUUCGAAAAUAAAGUUUCUUAAAUUUUUGCCAACAAUAUUAAACCAACAAUAUUUCUCAUAUACAGUAUUAAACAUAAUGUAUGUGUCUGUAAAUUAUUAUAUUAUACAUAAAUUAUGUGAAUUUUUAUCAAACUUUAAUAUAGUAUAUCCUAUUAUUAAUUAUUUAAAAUAUUUCAAAUCUACAGAAAUUUUUGUUUAAUCAUUGAACCACCACAAACCUGAAAUUUACUUUAAUUUAUAGUAAAUGAUGGAAAGCAGAUAAUAUGAAACUUAACAAAGUUACCCACAUAUAUUUUAUACUUAUGCAUGAAGUACUUAUUGAACGAAUUAAUUAACAAGUUAUAAUUUUAAACUUAGCGCUUAUACGUGUGUAUAUUCGUAGCUCUGAUGGUACAUACGUAUCGGUUAAGAAUAAUCUUAAAGAAAAUGGCGCAAUUCGAUAUCUUUCUACGUCAAAAAUUAUGAAUCAAACUUUUAAAAUUAUCUAUGAAAGUACAGUAAUAAAAAGUAUAAAAGUUAAUGUUUUGUAAUGAGUUUCAAAUUAAAUAUUCAAUUAUGAAAUGAAUUUGAUACAAAUUUCUAGUAUGUCGGUUCCUUUUUGUGGUUAUACGUCCUAAUAUUAGAUUUUUAGUAUACAAAAAUGCCUUUUCUUCUACUCUGCAGUUUAUCAAAUGUGUUAAUACUAAUCAUAUAAUUAUAUUUCUAAGGACUUAAGAUAAUUUAUUUUGACGUUAAUCGAUGCUUCCUAAAGAAAGCGUAAUGAAAAGGUUCUAUACU